CCGCACAGUUGGUAACGUCUUUAGUUGGCGAGAACGUGAUAUUACAGACGGCUCUUGUCCUCUUACUGGUGUUCUUGGUGACUUCAUGGUUCUUCAUGACACCUAAGUACCUUCCACCCGGCCCUAGAGGAUGGCCUGUCGUUGGUAAUAUCUUCUCUCUAGUGGCGGGCCACCGCUUUCUGACAAUGACCGAAUGGGCGAAGACGUACGGACCUGUGUACCGGAUACAGCUGGGGAAGGAAACGAUGAUUGUGCUUUCCGGAUAUGACGUCAUAUACGAGGCUCUGGUGAAGCGAGGAGAAGACUUUUCCAGCAGACCAGCUAGCCCCAUAGUCAAACUUACCAACCCCAAGAGGAUAGGUAUCAUCACUGCUCCGUUCGGUUCUCCAUGGAAGGAGCAUCGGAAAUUUACCCUUAUGUCUCUGAGAGAGUUCGGCUUCGGGAAGAGAAGUUUGGAGGGGAAGAUUUUGGAGGAGUCGGUCGCUCUACAAGCAGAAAUCCUGAAAAUGGGAAACAAACCGUUCGACAUCAGCCGCAUGGUCCAGAAUGCCGUCACCAACGUUAUCUGUUCCAUUGUGUUCGGAUCCAGGUUCGAAUACAACGAUGGCAAGUUCACACGCUUGAUGGACGCCCUUGACCAAGCAUUUUCAACCAACAUUUUUGGCCAACUUGCCAUCUUUUUCCCCAUUUUGCAACGUGUUCCAGGAAUGAGACGAGGACCACAAAUCAUAGUAGACGCAGUGGGUACCAUUAAAACCUAUAUAAGAGAAGAAAUGGACUCCCACAAGGAGACAUUCGAUUCCAAUGACAUCCGGGACCUUAUCGACUCGUACGUCAGGGAAACAAAAUCUCGCGAGAACGACGACGAGACCACGUUCACUGACGAGUACACAGAAAUGGUGCUGUUUGAUUUAUUCAUCGCCGGGUCAGAAACAACCUCCACUACGCUGUACUGGGCAUUUAUGUAUAUGAUUCUCAACCCGGACAUCCAAAGAAAGGUUCAAGAGGAGAUCUACUCCGUGCUCGGACACGACAAGCCGCCGUCCACCGCCCACCGUGCCCAGAUGCCGUACACUGAGGCCGUCCUGACCGAGGUGGCUCGCAUCGGCACCAUCGCACCAACCAGUGUCUUUCACGCCACGUCACGUGACACCAGUUUCCAUGGAUACCACAUUCCAGAAGGAAUGACGGUGGUGACCAACUUGUGGUCUGUCCACCACGACCCAGAACAUUUCCCAAACCCCGAAAAGUUCGCCCCCUGCCUGUCGCUUCUUGGACGCUCAGGGACAGUACCAGAGGGACGAUCACGUCAUGCCGUUUGGUAUCGGUCCACGCAUGUGCCUGGGGAAGCAGCUGGCAGAGAUGGAGCUCUUCGUGCUCUUCACUUCUCUGCUGCAGCACUUCACCUUCAAACUGCUAGAGGGCGCUACCAAGCCUUCCACAACCGGAAUCAACGGCAUCACUCAUUCGCCCAAGAACUUCGAACUCAUCGCUGAGCCACUGACUUAGGGUCGCUGUCGAAUACAAGCUGGUAGAAUUUUGUCACAUUCGUUUAGAAGGUUAAUAUAUUUUUGGUAGAACAUCCUCUGCUGCCAGCAUCCUUUUACAGAACGUCCGCUUUUAAUAUCUCAAGUUCUGGACAUGGCAUGGUCCUGAUCUUCUGUGUUGUAGAUAGCUCUUUGGGUUACAGAGUAAGUGGUUUGGCUUUAGACCUUCUAGCGGCUUCUUCGCAACUGCAGGAGUUAGGUUUGUUUCAAACUUUGUAAAAGAAUAACUCGAAGUUUGGCUGGAGGAUCUUCAUUAAUUCAGGAAUGUAGAUAGCUAGUUUGACGCUUGACAUAAAUAGAUAACGAUUAUGCAAUACAGAAUCCAAUUUACAUGACUAAUCAUGAUGAAGUCUCAUAAACCUGUCCUGUUUCAUUUAGGGGCUAUUCAAAACAUGUGGCAUAUGUAACUGAGAAAGAGAAAAAGUUGACAGGUGGAAAUUAUGCCAUUUGGUUGCUAAUUUUCAAAAUUAAUGACAAAAAUCUAUAAUUCCAUAGUGAUCAAUGAUUGGGAUGUCAUACUUGUGGUUUUUGGAAGCUAUGUAAAGGUGAACAUUUAUGAAUGUGUAUUAUUUUAAUGAGGACCUAAUUUCCAUAAUCAAUAACAGAAUGCACGUAUAGUGUUUUCUUUCUAUCAAAUAAUCAUCCUCUGUUAUUUUGGUUGAGGAUAUAAUCAACAAUAUAUUAUAUAAAUUAAAUAACUUACCUGCAUAUUUAAUAAGAAACACAUGAUACACCAGUUGUGAAGAGUGAAAUCCUUAUGCGAAGGUAUGAGGUCAUGGAGCUCUUGUUAUGUCUAUUACAUAUAUAAUACGCAUAUGAUACGCAUUUAAUACAUAUAUAAUACGCAUAUGAUUCUUAUGAUUCCAUGUAACAGAAAGUUUGUUACUAUUAGUUUAACAUAUAUUCUGUCUUCAACCGCUGAAAAAUAUUGUUUUGAAUUAGACAUGACUAAGGAUCAUAUCUAAGCCACAAACCUAAAGUAUUUACAUAUAUACAGUGGUAGUUUUUCACAAUUAAAAUACGAUUCCAAAUGUAAAGAAAGAAUCUCUAUAUA